AUGUCGUAUCCUGGACACAACGCAUCAUUGCACGCCCUGACCCCCUUGACCAGCACAGACUCAUCCCCGCCGGGCAAGCUGCCCAGCCCGCGGUCCGCGAAUCCUUCGCAUGAGACGAUGCACGCGACCACCGCUUCUUCACACAGUGCGCCGCCCGGCGCGCCCGUCAAAAAUGCCACCGACACAAUCACGCCCGUGCAUACGCCGCCAGAAGCGCGAAUAUCGAUAUGGCCUGCAGACGGGAAGCUGGGCCAGCGCCUGAACUACGACCCCAUGAUGGACAGCAAGCUCGACAAGAAGGCUAAGCAUAGCAGAGGGCCGACAUACAAGCCGAUACUGGACAAGGGCGACCCAUCUUCUCCUCCCGAUCCCCGUUUAGCCAUUGCUGGCUAUACCACUGGGAAUUACGCGAUUAAGACUGUGGGUCCAGCUGCUCCGAAAUCCAAGCUACGGGUAGCCCCGUAUGUCGCCAAGCCUUAUUCUUUCGAUCCCCGCAUCUCCUGCGGCCCGGGGCCUGCUACGCAGGUCGUUGUCACCGGUUUUGACCCUUUGACGGCCGAUUCGCAGAUUCGAGCUUUUUUCACCGCUUAUGGAGAGGUGGAAUCCGUGAGGAAUCAGGUCCAUCCCGAAAAUGGAAGUCCGCUCGGAAUCUGUCUCGUGAAGUUUCGAGACACUCCCGCCUCGCGAGGUGUCGCGGCCGUCAAGGCGUCGACCUCGGCGAAGAGGGCCGAGCGGGAAGGUACGAACCAGCGCCUGGGGUUACAAACGGUGAAGGUCCAUCUUGAUCGCGAGGGUCGAAGAUGUAGCAAGCUGGUCGCAAUGUCUGUAGCACAGAGUCGCAAAGAAGAGGAGAAGCUGAGGGCCAAGCUUGCGGCGAAAUCUGCGACUCCCACAACGCCAGGAACAUUCGACCUACCCGCAAACGUGCCUAAGGGGCCGUCGGGAAAGGGUGCGCCUCCGCCUAUACCCCGAGCAGUCCUGUCGAAGAAGGUCCAAUUGUCCUAUCUCAUCGAGAAGGAUCCGAUUAAGCCGAAGAUGAAGCGCAAACCAUAUCUAUUCAUCGCCCACCAAUAUGUCCCCGUUCUUAGCACGACGAUAGAGCAUUUGAAGAAACGGUUAAAGACGUAUUACUGGAAAGAAGUUCGGUGCGACCAGACAGGCUAUUUCGUGGUCUUCGAGGAAUCGAAACGCGGCGAGGAUGAGACGGUCAGGUGUUACAAAGACUGCCAUAUGGCUGCUUUGUUCACGUAUGUGAUGAAUAUGGAAUGCAACCAAUUCGGCGACCCGGACUAUGAGCGCAGCCCGAGCCCCGAGCGCAUGAUGGCGCAAAAGCAGCAGCAGGAUGAGGAAGAGCGUAUAGCGCGCGAGGAGGCUGAGGAUCUGGAAUACGAAAAGAAGCAGAGGGCAGAGGCGCUAGAUCCCGUUGUUGCCGCGCUGGAGAUCCUGAAGCAGGAGCUCCAGGAGAAGCUUGUUGGGGACAUCAAAAGUCGGAUAGCAGGGCCUGCGCUGGUCAAGCUCAUGUCCCCUGAACGCCAUGUCGCGAAGCGACGAAAGCUGAACAUUCCGGAUCCCCGCAGCAAAGAAGAAGAUAUUCGCCCUCCUUCCAUCUUCACUUCCGGUAUGGAGCUAGGUGUUGCGACACCUAAAUCCCGCGCUGCCGGUUUCAGCGGACGCCUUGGGCGGAAGGCGCUAGGUCCCUACGACCACAAUCGCAUUCGGGGAAAGAAGCCGCUCAAAGUUGUCAAUGCGUUCGCGGAUGAGCGGCGGAAAGCAGCACCGAAGCGUCCUGCACAGAGUCUGUAUCGGAGAAUGCUCGAUCUCAUGGAAGAUGAAGAAUCGGACGACGAAGGUCGGAGCUCUUUCACACGCGACACCGAGGAACAAGAGAGUCGUCCCAUCAGCCGCGCGCAUUCUACGGAUCUUGAAGAGGAUGAAGAGGAGUCUUCACGUGCACACCGAGCCAAGCGGCGGCGCCUCGAAGCAGGCUGGGGCGAAGACAGUGACGACGAGGUCAUGGACGACUCGCAUGCGAGGAGCUUGCUUGCGCACUGCAUCCACAAGGACCCAGAAAAUAUGGCUGAGAAAGAGCUGGAGCAAGUGCUUGCGAUUCUUCCACGUUCUUCGCCAAUCUGGAAGAAAGCGGACAAAGCGCUUAAAGGUUUUCGGAGAUUGCGGAAGAUUGAGCAGGAAGCGGAUGCCAUAUUUGGUGUGGAAACAAGCCCGGUUGACAAACUUGAGCCAGAAGUCAUUGUUACCCAAGAAGAUGAAGAUGCCGCCAAACCGAUCGAAACAACUGAAAUCGCCGAACCAGUCAAGACUCUAUCCAAGAAGAAAAGCACCGCGAAGCCCAAGAAGAAGACCAAGAAACAGCUUGAGGAAGAAGCCAAGGCUGCUCAGAUCACGGUGGAGGAAAUCACUCCCGCGGAAGAAGAGGUUAUUGAGGUUGCAAGGCCGAAGCCCGUUACUCAGGUACCCCCCGCUGAAGAAACCCCAGAAGAGGAUGAGCGCGCUUCAGUCCAUUGGGGUGUCUCGGCCAUCGAGCCUCGCCGGACUGUGGAAGAUGAUCUCAGCGUUGUUAUGGACAUUGACGGCUGGCAGCAUCUGCUCAAGGACGACGAAGACCUAAUUCACCUGAAAGCCGCAAUGCUGUCGAUAGCUCCCGCGAACAUUGGAGACGCGCAAUCAUGGGCUUGGAAGCAGAAGUCCAUCAAACACCUAAAUCGACCCGGCGAAGAGGGCGUAUCCCGCACUGAAACCAAGAUUGAAGGCUACUACGUGCCGAACGGAACAGGCAGUGCGAGGACGGAGGGCGUGGGGAAGAUACGGGAGUCCGAGAAAUCCAAGUAUCUGCCACAUCGUAUCAAGGUUCAGAAAGAGCGAGAAGAACGCCAACGCCGAGCCAAGCAGGAAGAGCGCACAAUGACGGUUGUCGAAGGCUUCAAGUUCCAGACUGGAUCCGGCGUCAAGCAGAGCACCACCGCUAACUCUCGCGCCAACCGUGCCAACAAUCGUCGCUUGGUGAAUGACAUCAGCAUCUCGAAGAACAUGACCGGCGCAGAAGGAGACGCCCUGCGCUUCAACCAGCUUAAGAAGCGGAAGAAGCUCGUCAAGUUCGACCGUUCCGCUAUCCACAAUUGGGGUCUCUACGCUCAAGAGAACAUUGCCGCCAAUGACAUGAUCAUCGAAUACGUUGGGGAGAAGGUUCGACAGCGUGUCGCCGAUCUGCGCGAGAAGAAGUACGACUUGCAAGGCGUUGGUUCCAGCUACCUCUUCCGUAUAGAUGAGGACACGGUGAUCGAUGCGACGAAGAUGGGCGGUAUUGCGCGCUUCAUCAACCAUAGCUGCACGCCAAACUGCACGGCCAAGAUCAUCCGCGUCGACGGCACGAAACGAAUUGUCAUCUACGCGCUACGGGAUAUUGCUCAAGACGAGGAACUCACGUACGACUACAAAUUCGAGCGCGAAAUCGACGCCACAGACCGCAUUCCCUGUCUCUGCGGUUCCGUCGGCUGCAAAGGCUUCCUCAACUAA